AUGCCCUUCCGGAGUUCCAAGAACUUCGCUAUAACGGAAAAUUCCCUGAACCCGAAAGCGCUUACAUUAAGGAAAAAUGGCUUACAACGAUGCUCUGGAUGCUCCAGGCAGUGGUACUGCAAUAAAGAUUGUCAGCGUGGUUCAUGGGACAUGCAUCGAUUUGAGUGUAAAAAUUUGAAACGCAUCUACCCUUUGGAUCCUCCGGAUGCUGCAAGGCUCCUGGCAAGGGCAGUCUUUAAACUCAAGAUUCGCCAUCGCAAGGGCAUCGCGGGCAUCGUGGCGCAGACGGGGCAGGUGCUGAACAUCCCCGACGCCUACGCUGACCCUCGCUUCAACCGCACCGUCGAUCAGCUGACCGGUUACGUCACCAAGUCCAUCCUGUGCAUGCCCAUCUUCAUCCGGGGGAACGUCAUCGGGGUCAUGCAGAUGGUCAACAAGAAUGGCGGGAUCUUCAGCAAGGAGGAUGAGGAAAGCUUCGAGAUGUUCGCUGUCUACUGCGGCCUCGCUCUCCACCACGCCAAGCUCUACGACAAGAUAAGGCGGUCCGAACAGAAGUAUAAGGUAGCGUUAGAGGUGCUCAGUUACCACAACUCAUGUAAUGAUGAAGAAUUUGACCUUAUACAAGCACAAAGUCUAAAUGAAGCACCUCCUGGGGUGGAUGACUAUUACUUCUGCCCGCUGAACCUGGAGGACAUGGAGAAAGUCCGCCACGCCAUCUACAUGUUCGUGGACUUGUUCGGUCUCACUCGCUUCGAGAAGGACUGCCUCAUCCGGUUCACGCUGACGGUGAAGAAGAAUUACAGGCGGGUUCCUUAUCACAACUGGACGCACGGCUUCAGUGUGGCUAAUUCCAUGUACACCAUCAUCAAGCAUUCGCCCAAGACCUUUCGACCGCUGGAAUGUCUGGCGCUGUCAUCGCUGUGCCACGACCUGGACCACCGGGAGAAAAACAAGUUCAUGCUGGAGCAGAGCCCCCUGGCGGCCAUCUACACGACGUCCACGCUAGAGCACCACCACUUCAACCAGACGGUCACCAUCCUGCAGCAGGAAGGACACAACAUCUUCGGCAAACUGACUUCGAACGAGUACAAGCAGGUUCUGGGCAACAUCAAGCACUGCAUCCUGGCCACCGACUUGGCCAUGUUCUUCCCCAACAAGGCUAAGCUGGCCAAGUUGGUGGAGGAGAAUCAGUUCGACUGGGAGAACCCGGAGCACAGGCUGCUGAUCGAGGCCAUCGCCAUGACGGCCUGCGACCUGUGCGCCUCCGCCAAGCCGUGGGACGUCCAGGUCGAGACGGUCAAGGUCAUCUUCGAGGAGUUCUACGAGCAGUACGACUUGGAAAAAGCCGUGGGCAAGAGUCCAUUCCCCAUGAUACAGAACCAGGACGGACGAGCAGCUUCCUCGCAGGUGGGCUUCCUGUCGGGCAUCUGCAUCCCGUGCUACGAGCUGCUGCACAAGCUGAUCCCGAACACGGAGCCCCUCCUGGCGGGCUGCAAGAGCAACCUGGAGACGUGGAAGAGCAUCGCGAGCGAGAAGAAGGCGAAGGCGAGAGAAGACGAGGAGGAGGAAGGGGAGGAAACGGACACGGGGAUUGAGGAAGUGAACGACGACGAGGACGAGGAGGGAGAGGAGACGGUGGAGGAGAUCGACGAUGACUGCAUCGACAGUAGAGAUAACGGAGAGAAUAAGUAGGGGGCGAAGAGAGGGAGGGAGGUGUCUCAGCCUCCUCUUUUCGCACGAUAGACGAGCACAGGAAGGGAAGGAAAAGGGCAUUACACUGUACAGGGUUUCGUUCUUAAUUAUUACAUGUUUGUGUCUAAGAUAUGUUGACGAUAAGGAGAUAAAGAGUUAUCUUUUUGAAGUGAAAAUUACUAAUAAUGUUGAUAGUUAUUAACUGUUAA